AUGGCUGUGCAUGAAGUUGAAGAGGAUACAACUGUAACUCUCACUGUGGAUACACCUAUACGUGAUAUUAUUCUUUUGAAAGAUAAUGAGGAAUUAAAACCUUCAGAACAUAUCAAAAUUGUGCAAACAUCGCCGACAACCAUCGAAAUCCAAAUUAUCAAAGCCAAACCUGAAGACGAAGGAAAAUAUAGCGUUAUGAUUGGUAAAAAACAACAACCAUUAGUCUUGCUCAAAGUUAUUCCAAAACCAAUUACUCAUCAAACAAUGGAUAUACCACAAACAACGUUCAACGAAGGAGAAACAUUGACCAUUAAAUGUCAAUUUGAUUCUACACCGGAAGAAACUUUUGAAUUCUUGAUAAAUGGAAAACCUCUACCACCGGAUGAUCGAAUUUCGACUACUAUUGAAGAUAAUACAUAUACAAUUGUUGUAAAAGGCUUAAAGCCACACGAAGAUGAAGGAGUUUAUACACUAAAAUCCGAUCAUUUGAUUCUUGAUACACCAUCGAUUAAAGUUGUAUCGAAACCGAAAGGACCUGAAAAAAUAGAAACAGAAGAAAUAAUCGAGGUCCGAGAGGAAGCACCUACCGAAGAACAGAAAGAAGACAUCCCUCAACGUACUGAAGAAACGAAGAUACAAGAAAAUAUUGUCACAGAAGAAAUUCCUCAACCAAAAGAAACAACAACGACCGAAGUACAAGAACAAAAAGAAGAAUUAGCAUUUCUGACAGAACAACCAAAACCUACAACAAAGGAGAAAGUAACUGAGUUACCUGUACAUGAAGUCGAAGAAACAAGUACUGUAACAUUAACUAUUGAAAAACCUCAAGCCACAAAACCAGAAGAUGUUGUCUUACUUAAAGAUGGAGAACAAUUGAAACCUUCAGAUCACGUAAAAGUUACUCCAACAUCACCAACAACAACAGAAGUUCAAAUUAUCAAAGUUAAACCAGAAGAUGAAGGUGAUUACACAGUCGAAGUGAAAGGUGUUGAACAACCACUUGUUCGACUUAAAGUUCAUCCCAAACCUGUUAUUCGACAAGAAAUGCAAUUACCAAAAGUACAAUUCAAUGAAAAAGAAACACUUACUAUUGUUUGUCAAUUUGAUGGUACACCUGAAGAACCAUUCACAUUUCUACACAAUGAACAACCAAUUGUACCAGAUUCUCGUGUUACUACUACUGUAGAAGAUAAUAAAUAUACAAUUGUUGUAAAAGAUCUUCAUCCAGAAGAUGAAGGUAUUUAUACACUUAAAUCAGAUCAUUUAAUUCUUGAUACGCCGUCAAUUACUGUUGUUCCCGAAGAAAAGAAACCUGGAACAGAAACAACUACCGUUGAAGAAGAAAUAAUUACAGUUGUACCACAAGAAAAACAACCUGAGACAGUUGUUCAAGAAGUGAAAGAAGUAACGCAAAUACCAGAAGAAAAAAAGCCUGAAGAAGUAUUCGAAACUUCAAUUCGAGAAGUUGAAGAAAAUAGUACUCUUACAUUGACUGUGCAACUACCUGAAGGUAUACCACGCAAAGAAAUAAUACUUCUUAAAGACAAGCAACCAGUAAAACCUUCAAAACAUAUCAAAAUUACCCGAACAUCGUCGACAACUAUCGAAAUCCAAAUUAUUAAAGCUAAACCUGACGACGAAGGAAAAUAUACCUUUAUCAUUGAUAAAAAAGAGCGACCAAUAAUGCAACUCAAAGUUAUUCCUAAACCAAUUGUUCAUCAAACAAUGGAUAUACCUCAAACAACUUUUAAGGAAGGAGAGACAUUGACCAUUAAAUGUCAGUUUGAUUCGACACCUGAAGAAAUAUUCGAAUUCUUAAGAAAUGGAAAACCACUUAAACCAGAUGAUCGAAUUUCGACUACUGUUGAUGACACUACAUAUACAAUUGUUGUUAAAGGGUUGAGACCACAAGAAGAUGAAGGUGUUUAUACACUUAAAUCGGAUCAUUUGAUUCUUGAUACACCUUCAAUCACUAUUCUUCCUGAAGAAAAGAAACCGCAGACUGAAACAACAACUGUUGAAGAAGAAACGAUCACUAUCACAACAGAGCAACCGCAAACAAAACAAGUAACCGAAGAAGAAAAACCGGAAGCAAAGAAAAAGCCAGAAUUACCUGUACAUGAAGUCGAAGAAUCUAGUACAGUAACAUUAACAAUUGAGAAGCCUCAAGCCACAAAACCAGAAGAUGUUAUCUUACUUAAAGAUGGACAAGAAUUAAAACCGUCGGACCACGUAAAAGUUACUCCAACAUCACCAACAACAACAGAAGUUCAAAUUAUCAAAGUUAAACCAGAAGAUGAAGGUGAUUACACAGUCGAAGUGAAAGGUGUUGAACAACCACUUGUUCGACUUAAAGUUCAUCCCAAACCUGUUAUUCGACAAGAAAUGCAAUUACCAAAAGUACAAUUCAAUGAAAAAGAAACACUUACUAUUGUUUGUCAAUUUGAUGGUACACCUGAAGAACCAUUCACAUUUCUACACAAUGAACAACCAAUUAUACCAGAUUCUCGUGUUACUACUACUGUAGAAGAUAAUAAAUAUACAAUUGUUGUAAAAGAUCUUCAUCCAGAAGAUGAAGGUGUUUAUACACUUAAAUCAGAUCAUUUGGUUCUUGAUACACCUUCAAUCACUGUUGUUCCUGAAGAAAAGAAACCUGGAACGGAAACAACGACUAUUGAGGAAGAGACAAUCACUAUCGAAGCUCCUAAAGCACCUGUUGUUGAAGAAGUAGUUGAAGAGAUUGUUGAAGAAAAACCAAAACCAAUUGUCAAGCAACCAGAAGUCUCGGAGAAACCGCAGGAAACUGUUCCGGAAGCUAUUGUUGAAAAGCCAACAGUCGAAGAAAUUCCAAAAGAAGAAGAAGAAAAAACAUAUCGAAGUGAAAUUGAACUUCCAAUUGUUCGUGUUCCAGGAGGUGAUACAAUAACAAUUCGUAUACCUGAUUCGAAAACAACAGUAACAAAUGAAAUUAAUGUUUAUAUAAAUAACCAACCCGUAACAACAUUGCACAAUGAAGACAGUCGUAUCACAAUUGAAAAAGAUGGUGAAACUGACAAUUACGUUGUCGUUUCAGAUGCUAAACCUGAAGACGCUGGUCGAUAUACUGUUGAAUUUAACGGAAAAUUACAACCGCUUUGUAUGCUUGAAGUAACAGCGCCGAGAUUGAAAAAAACUGAAGCUCAAAUUCCAUUAAAAGAAACUGUUGUUGAAGAAGUUGUCGAAGAGGAAGAAGAAAUUAAACCAGCAGAAAUUCCAACAUAUGAAGUUGUUGAAGGUAAUAGUGUUAAUCUCAAACUUGAACAACCAACAGGUACAAAUAUUGAACAAAUCUUUUUGUUGCAAAAUGAUAAAAAACUGGAACCCAAUACUCGUUUGACAAUCAAACCAACAUCACCAACAACUAUUGAAAUAACUCUAGAAAAUGUUAAACUUAAUGAUAAAGGUACUUAUUCAAUUCAAUUUGGUGAAAAACCAAGACAAAAAUUAAUGAUUUUGAAAGUUUUACCAAAACCUGUAAUUCAUGAUUCCCUUCAUUUACCAAAAGAUGUGUUUGAAGAGGGUGAAACAUUAACUAUUCAAUGUGAAUUCGAUAAAAAACCAGACGAAACUUUAGUUUGGAAACUAAAUGAUAUUCCACUAACUCAACUUAACGAUGAUAGAGUUACUAUUGAAACAACAGAUGAUGGAAAAUCAUACACUCUAACAGUUAAAGAUUUACGACCUAAACAACAUGAAGGAGUUUAUAAACUUGAAAGUUCACAUUUAGUACUGGAAACAUCGUUUAUUCGUGUAAUUGAGAAUGUUCAAGAAGAAGAACAACAGACAACUAUUUUAGUUGAAGAUGAAGAAACUGAAUCAUUUCAAUUACAAAGAAAACCGAAGAAAGAAAUACCAGAACAACUGGAAACUGUUACACAAGAAACUGUAUCAGAAGAAACUGUUCAACAACCAUCUCCUGUAAUUGAAGAAGUGAAAUUGAAACCUGCCGAAGAAGAAAAACCAAAACCAGUCGAAGAAGAGAAGCCGAAACCGGUUGAAGAGGAAAAACCUAAACCUGUUGAAGAAGAAAAACCAAAGCCAACUGAAGAAGAAAAACCGAAACCGGUAGAAGAAGAGAAACCAAAACAAGUUGAAAAAGAGAAAUCGAAACCCCCUGAAGAAGAAAAACCAAAACCAGCUGAAGAGGAAAAACCCAAACCUGUCGAAGAAGAAAAACCAAAACCAGUUGAAGAAGAGAAGCCAAAACCAGUUGAAGAGGAAAAACCAAAACCAGCUGAAGAAGAAAAACCAAAACUAGCUGAAGUGGAAAAACCCCAACCUGUCGAAGAAGAAAAACCAAAACCAGUUGAAGAAGAGAAGCCGAAACCAGUUGAAGAGGAAAAACCAAAACCAGCUGAAGUGGAAAAACCCAAACCUGUCGAAGAAGAAAAACCAAAACCAGUUGAAGAAGAGAAGCCGAAACCAGUUGAAGAGGAAAAACCAAAGCCAGCUGAAGAAGAAAAACCAAAACCAGCUGAAGUGGAAAAACCCAAACCUGUCGAAGAAGAAAAACCAAAACCAGUUGAAGAAGAGAAGCCGAAACCGGUUGAAGAGGAAAAACCAAAACCUGUCGAAGAAGAAAAACCGAAACCGACAAAAGAAGAACCGAAACCUGUUGAAGAAGAAAAGCCGAAACCGACAGAAGAAGAGAAACCGAUUGAACAAGAAAAACCAAAACCAGUAGAAAAAGAACAGCCAAAACCCGUUGAAGAACAAGCCCAACCAGAACCAACUCCUGUAGAAGAGGAAAAAGCAACACCAGAGAAACCACUUUCUGAGCCAGUGCCAGAAGCGCAGCCACCUGCUGCUCUCGAAGCAGUUCCUGAAACCAAAGAAAUCGGUGAUGAAGUCAAACCUGAAGAACAAAAGCCAAAACUUAAAUUUAUCAAAGAUCUAAAACCAAAUAAAACAAAUCUUCUCGAAGGUGAUCAACUGAUUAUCGAAGGAGAACUUGACUCAGUACCAACAACUCUUCGGCUACAAAUAAACGGUGAACCGAUACCAGACGAUCGUGUAAAAAUUGAUGUUAAAGAAAAAAAGAUUAAAUUUACAUUAGACAACAUUCAAUUAGACGAAUCUGGAGACUAUACUGUUAAAGCCAAUGAUGAUGUCGAAAGUAAACCUGUUUCUAUUAAAGUUAAUGCCGAUAUUCCCAAGUUCGUAAAGAAUCUCACUGUCAACAAGAAACAAUUUGAUGCUGGAGAGACUCUAAACUUUGACUGUACACUGAAUAAACCAUAUAACCAAAUUGUUUGGCUAAAAGAUGGACAACCUGUCGAGCAAAAUGAACGUAUUCAAUUCUCCCAAGAUGGACCGAAACUUAAACUUACUAUUAAAGAUGCUCAACCAGAAGAUCACACUGGCACCUAUUCACUUAAGGUGAAAGAUGUCGAAAGUGAUAAAGUGUCUGUUACGGUUACAAAGAAGGUUCCGAAAUUCGUCAAAGAACUUAAACCAAACAAGACGACACUACUAGAAGGAGAACAAUUAAUACUUGAAUGUGAAUUAGAUACGACACCAACUUCCAUUAAACUUCAAAUCAAUGGAGAAACAAUACCUGAUGAUCGCGUGAAGACGGAUAUUAAAGACAAAAAGAUUAAAUUUACGUUAGACAACAUUCAAUUAGAUGAAUCUGGUAACUUCAAUGCUAAAGUGAAUGAUGAAGUCGAAAGUAAACCAGUAUCUAUCACAGUUAAUGCAGAUAUUCCCAAGUUCAUAAAGAACCUCACCAUCAACAAGAAACAAUUCGAUGCUGGAGAGACUCUAAACUUCGAAUGUGCACUCAAUAAACCAUUCAAUGAAGUAGUCUGGUUGAAAGACGGUCAACCUAUCGAGCAAAAUGAACGUAUUCAAUUUUCACAAGAUGGACCAAAACUUAAACUUACUCUUAAAGAUGCUCAACCAGAAGACCACACAGGUACCUAUUCCGUUAAAGUCAAGAACGUUGAAAGUGACAAAAUACCUGUAACUGUCAGCAAGAAAGUUCCCAAAUUCGUCAAAGAACUUAAACCAAACAAGACGACACUACUAGAAGGAGAACAACUCAUACUUGAAUGUGAACUAGAUAUGGCACCAACUACUGUCCAACUUCAAAUCAAUGGAGAAAAAGUACCCGAUGAUCGUGUCAAGACUGAAGUAAAAGAUAAAAAAAUUAAAUUCACAUUAGACAACAUCAAACUAGAUGAAUCUGGUGACUUUACCGUUAAAGUCAACGAUGAAGUUGAAAGCAAACCUGUUUCAAUCAAAGUUAAUGCUGAUAUUCCGAAAUUCAUAAAGAAUUUAACAAUCAACAAGAAGCAGUUUGAUCUUGGAGAAACACUUAACUUCGAAUGUACUCUAAAUAAACCAUUCAAUGAAAUAGUCUGGCUGAAAGACGGUCAACCAAUUGAACAAGAUGAACAUAUUUCAUUCUCUACUGAUGGUCCAACACUUAAGUUAACUGUGAAAGAUGCUCAACCCUCUGAUCACACUGGUACUUAUUCAGUUCAAGUGAAGAAUGUUGAAAGUGAUAAAGUACCUAUUACUGUUACUAAGAAGGUUCCCAAAUUCGUCAAAGAUCUGAAACCAAAUAAGACACCAUUAACUGAAGGUGAACAACUUAUUCUUGAAUGUGAAUUAGAUACAACACCUACCAAUGUUCAACUUCAAAUUAAUGGAGAAAAAGUACCUGAAGAUCGUGUUAAGACAGAAGUAAAAGACAAGAAAAUUAAAUUCACAUUGGAUAACAUAAAACUAGAUGAAUCUGGAAAUUUUACAGCUAAAGUCAAUGAUGAAGUUGAAAGCAAACCUGUUUCAAUCAAAGUUAACGCUGAUAUUCCGAAAUUCGUAAAGAAUUUAACAAUUAAUAAGAAACAAUUCGAUAUUGGAGAAACCCUUAACUUCGAAUGUACUCUCAAUAAACCAUUCAAUGAAGUUAUUUGGUUCAAAGAUGGUCAACCAAUAGAAGAAGAUGCACGCAUUUCAUUUUCUGCUGAUGGUCCAAAACUUAAAUUAACUGUGAAAGAUGCACAACCCACUGAUCAUACUGGUACUUAUUCAGUUCAAGUCAAAAAUGUUGAAAGUGAUAAAGUACCUAUUACCGUUACUAAGAAGGUUCCCAAAUUCAUCAAAGAUCUGAAACCAAAUAAGACACCAUUAACUGAAGGUGAACAACUUAUUCUUGAAUGUGAAUUAGAUACAACGCCUACCAAUGUUCAACUUCAAAUCAAUGGAGAAAAAGUACCUGAAGAUCGUGUCAAGACUGAAGUAAAAGACAAGAAAAUUAAAUUCACAUUAGACAAUAUCAAACUAGAUGAAUCUGGUAAUUUUACAGCUAAAGUCAAUGAUGAAGUUGAAAGCAAACCAGUAUCUAUCACUGUUAAUGCAGAUAUUCCGAAAUUCGUAAAGAAUUUAACAAUUAAUAAGAAACAAUUCGAUCUUGGAGAAACCCUUAACUUCGAAUGUACUCUCAAUAAACCAUUCAAUGAAGUUGUUUGGCUUAAAGAUGGUCAACCAAUCGAACAAGAUGAACAUAUUUCAUUCUCUACUGAUGGUCCAAAACUUAAAUUAACUGUGAAAGAUGCUCAACCCUCUGAUCACACUGACAACAUCAAACUAGAUGAAUCUGGUAAUUUUACAGCAAAAGUUAAUGAUGAAGUUGAAAGCAAACCUGUUUCAAUCACAGUCAACGCAGAUAUUCCGAAAUUCGUAAAGAAUUUAACAAUUAAUAAGAAACAAUUCGAUAUUGGAGAAACCCUUAAUUUCGAAUGUACUCUCAAUAAACCGUUCAAUGAAGUUAUUUGGUUCAAAGAUGGCCAACCAAUCGAAGAAGAUGCACGCAUUUCAUUUUCUGCUGAAGGUCCAAAACUUAAACUAACUAUUAAAGAUGCUCAACCAUCGGAUCAUACUGGUACUUACUCAGUUCAAGUCAAGAAUGUUGAAAGUGAUAAAGUACCUAUUACUGUUACUAAGAAAGUACCGAAAUUUGUCAAAGAUCUGAAAGCAAAUAAGACACCACUAACUGAAGGAGAACAACUUAUACUUGAAUGUGAAUUAGAUACAACACCUACCACUGUCCAACUUCAAAUCAAUGGAGAAAAAGUACCCGAUGAUCGUGUCAAGACUGAAGUAAAAGAUAAAAAAAUUAAAUUCACAUUAGACAACAUCAAACUAGAUGAAUCUGGUAAUUUUACAGCAAAAGUUAAUGAUGAAGUUGAAAGCAAACCUGUUUCAAUCACAGUCAACGCAGAUAUUCCGAAAUUCGUAAAGAAUUUAACAAUUAAUAAGAAACAAUUCGAUAUUGGAGAAACCCUUAAUUUCGAAUGUACUCUCAAUAAACCGUUCAAUGAAGUUAUUUGGUUCAAAGAUGGCCAACCAAUCGAAGAAGAUGCACGCAUUUCAUUUUCUGCUGAAGGUCCAAAACUUAAACUAACUAUUAAAGAUGCUCAACCAUCGGAUCAUACUGGUACUUACUCAGUUCAAGUCAAGAAUGUUGAAAGUGAUAAAGUACCUAUUACUGUUACUAAGAAAGUACCGAAAUUUGUCAAAGAUCUGAAAGCAAAUAAGACACCACUAACUGAAGGAGAACAACUUAUACUUGAAUGUGAAUUAGAUACAACACCUACCACUGUCCAACUUCAAAUCAAUGGAGAAAAAGUACCCGAUGAUCGUGUCAAGACUGAAGUAAAAGAUAAAAAAAUUAAAUUCACAUUGGAUAACAUAAAACUAGAUGAAUCUGGUGACUUUACUGCUAAAGUCAAUGAUGAAGUUGAAAGCAAACCUGUUUCAAUCAAAGUUAAUGCUGAUAUUCCGAAAUUCAUAAAGAAUUUAACAAUCAACAAGAAACAAUUCGAUAUUGGAGAAACACUUAACUUCGAAUGUACUCUAAAUAAACCAUUCAAUGAAAUAGUCUGGCUGAAAGACGGUCAACCAAUUGAACAAGAUGAACAUAUUUCAUUCUCUACUGAUGGUCCAAAACUUAAAUUAACUGUGAAAGAUGCACAACCCACUGAUCAUACUGGUACUUAUUCAGUUCAAGAAUAUCUCAAAGCAAAUAAGACACCAUUAACUGAAGGUGAACAACUUGUUCUCGAGUGUGAACUUGAUAUGGCACCAUCUAAAGUUGAGCUUAAAUUGAAUGGAGAAACAGUGCCUGAAGAUCGUGUCAAGAAAGAAGUAAAAGAUAAAAAAAUUAAAUUCACAUUAGACAACGUCAAAUUAGAUGAGUCUGGUGACUAUACUGUUAAAGUCAAUGAUGAAGUUGAAAGCAAACCUGUUUCAGUCAAAGUUAAUGCUGAUACUCCGAAAUUCAUAAAGAAUUUAACAAUUAACAAGAAACAAUUCGAUAUUGGAGAAACACUUAACUUCGAAUGUACUCUCAAUAAACCAUUCAAUGAAGUUGUUUGGCUUAAAGAUGGUCAACCAAUCGAAGAAGAUGCACGCAUUUCAUUUUCUGCUGAUGGUCCAAAACUUAAAUUAACUGUGAAAGAUGCACAACCCACUGAUCAUACUGGUACUUAUUCAGUUCAAGUAAAAAAUGUUGAAAGUGAUAAAGUACCUGUUACAGUUAUCAAGAAAGUACCGAAAUUCGUGAAGGAUCUUAAAGCAAAUAAAACACCAUUAACUGAAGGUGAGCAACUUGUUCUCGAUUGUGAACUCGAUAUGGUACCAUCUAAAGUUGAGCUUAAAUUAAAUGGAGAAACAAUUCCUAAUGAUCGAAUAAAACCUGAAAUUAAAGAUAAGAAGAUAAAAUUCACAUUGGAUAAUAUUCAAUUGAACGAAUCAGGUGAUUUUACAGUUAAAGUGAAUGAUGAAGUUGAAAGCAAACCAGUAUCAAUCAAAGUUAUUGCUGAUAUUCCAAAAUUUGUUAAAAAUUUAAGUAUUAAUAAAAAGAAAUUUGAUAUUGGAGAAACUUUGAAUUUUGAAUGUACAUUAAACAAACCGUUCGAUCAAAUCGUUUGGCUCAAAGAUAAUGAACCAAUGGAAGAAGAUGCACAUAUUCAAUUCUUUGUUGAUGGUCCAAGACUAAAGAUGACAAUAAAAGAUGCACAACCAUCGGAUCAUACUGGUACUUAUUCUGUUCGAGUAAAAGAUAUUGAAAGUGAUAGAAUUCCUGUUGUUGUUGAAGAAAAACCAUUAACAUUUCUCAACGAUCUUAAAGCAACAAAACCAACUUUAAAUGAGAAUGAAACAUUAGAAUUUUCUUGUCAAUUAAGUCGUCCAUUAAAACCUGAUGAAACAAUUCAAUGGUAUCGUAAUGAAAUACAAAUUCCAAUUGAACAAGAAUAUCCAAAUGAACAAAUUAUUUUACAAAUUCCAAAUGUUGACACGACAAUGUCUGGUGAUUAUUAUUUAGAAGUUUCAAGUCCAAAUCAGAAAAAACCAUUAAGAAGUUCAAUAAUUAAAAUAACAAUUAAAUCGGAAGAAAUUAAGUUUCUUAAACCACUUCGUGCAUUAAAAAAUCCAUUAAAUGAAGAUGAAACAUUAAUACUCGAAUGUGAAUUAGAUAAACCAACUUAUAAAUCCGUUAAAUUUUCUCUUAAUGAUAAACCAUUAAAUGAAGAUGAAGAUGAUCGUAUAAAAAUAACUCAAACAGGUAAUAAAUGGCAAAUAAAAAUUACACAUGUUAAACAAGAAAUUGAUGAAGGCGAUUAUACAGUUACAAUUAAUGAUAAACUUACUUCACCGAAAGUUAAAGUAACAAUUAUAAGACCACUUACAUUUAUUCAAGAUUUAACUGUAUCAAAUUCUGAACCAAUUGUUGAUGAAACAAUAACAUUUCAAUGUGAAUUAUCUCGUCCAUUACCAACAGAUGACAGUAAAGAUCUUUCAUUAACACUCAAUGGAAAAGUAUUAUCAAGUGAACAAACAAGACGCUUAAAAGUUGAUAUUAGUUCAACAAGUCCUAAAAUAGUUUUAACAUUAUCAAAUGUUAAAUUAACUGUUGAUCAAGGUAAUUAUCAAUUAAAAAUUCUUCAUCCACAAGAACUUCAAUCACAAACAGUCAAUGUUAAAGUUCGACCGAAACCAAUUGAAGUUAUUCAACCAUUACAAUCCGAUAAAGAAAAUGUUUUUGAAGAAGAUACACUUAUUCUUUCAACAAAAUUAAAAAAUGUUCCUGAUAAUCCAACUAUUGUUUGGUUAAAAGAUAAUAAACCAAUAUCAAUUGAUAAUAAACGUAUUCGUUCAAUACCAUCACGUGAUGGACAACAAUUUAAAUUAUCUAUUGAAAAUGUUAAAUUAGAUCAAAGUGGAACAUAUUUGUUACAAAUAAAUGAUGAUAUUAUUACUCAAUGUGACAUUAAUAUUAAAUCAAUUCCACUUAAAACUAUUAUACCAUUAAAAGUUCUUGGUACACCAAUUGUUGGUGGUAAUGUUGAACUUCAAAUUGAAUUAAAUCGUCCAAAUAUUUCAUUUAUAUGGUUAAAAGAUAAUGUUCCAUUAGAAAAUCAACCAUCACCAAUAAAAGAUCAAACAAAAUAUCGUUUGAAAUUAUCGGAUUUAAAAUUAGAUGAUUCAGGAAUUUAUUCAAUUAAUUUUAAUGAUGGUGAACUUAAAGAAAGUAUUAAUUUAACUGUUGCAUUACCACCAUUUGAAUUUAUUGAACAACUUAAAUGUAUUCCAUCAGAUGAUAUUGAAGAAGAUUCAAAUGUUAUUAUGCAAUGUGUUUUAAAUCGUCCUAUUGAUGAUGAAAAUAUACCAGUUACAUUGCUUAAAAAUAAUAAACCAUUAUCAGCAGCUGAUAAUGCACGUGUUAAAAUUGAACGAGAUGGACCAACAUUAAAAAUUCAUUUAAGUAAUGUCAAAUCUGAUGAUGCUGGUGUUUAUAAAGUAACCGUUGAUAAAACAAAAGAUACCAGUGUACGAUUAAAAGUUCAUGAUAAACCAUUAUCAAUCGUUGAACAACUUCAUCUUGUUGAUGCAAAAGAUAAUAAUAAUACUGUUAGUGAAAAUUUACCAUUUGAAUUAUUUAUUCGUUAUAAUAAACCAGUGAAAAAUGUUGUUCUUAAUCGUGAUAAUAAACGUGUUCCAAUUGAUAAACAUACUCAAAUAAUUUAUGAAGAUAAUUCAACAUCUGUACGAAUUCGUUUUGAUGCUGCACAACCAGAUGAUAAAGGAAAAUAUGAAACAGUUGUUAAAGAUUCAACUGUAACCAAUAAAGAUGGUCUUCGAAGUCAAUCAGUUACAAUUAUUGUUAAACCAUUACCUGUUUUGUUUACUUCUGAUAUUCAAGUAUCAACACCUGAUAUAAAUAAUAUUCCAGAAAAAACUGAAUUAACUUUAACAACAACAAUUAAUCAAGAAAAAGGUAAAAUAAAAUGGUUUUUAAAUAAUAAAGAAAUAAAAGAAGAUCAAAAUCAUAAAAUUAUUGUUAAAAAUUUACAACGACAAUUAAUUAUAAAAUCAACUCUUAUUGCUGAUUCAGGAAUUUAUUCAGCUAAGAGUGAUGAUGACGAAAGAACAAUUGAAUUAACAAUUAAAGAAGAAAUUCGUUUUACAAAAGAAUUAACACCAUCAAGUAUAAAUACAAUCGAAGGUAAAGAAAAAGAACUUGCUUUUGAAUGUGAAACAUCGAAAUCAACAACUGUUCAAUGGUUUCAUGAUCAACAAAAAUUAUCACCAAAUGAAUUGAAAAAACAUUAUCAAAUUGAAUCAUUGAAAAAUAAUACAUUACAUAAAUUACGUAUAUUACAACCAGUUACAGCUGAUUCGGGUUUAUAUCGUUGUGUUUUACCAGCAAAUAUUGAAACAAAUUCACAAUGUACAAUUGAACCAGCUGGAGUCGAUUUUCUACAACAUUUAACAACACCUGUACAUGUCGAAUAUAUGAAAAGUGCUUUACUUGAAUGUGAACUUUCUAAACGACCACAAAAUGUGAUUUGGAAAGAUAAAAAUGGAAAAAUUAUUGAAGAUAGUGAUAAAUAUGAAAUUAUGAAUAACGGAAAAUUACAAGGUCUUGUCAUAAAUGAUUGUGAUGAAAAUGAUAAUGGUCAAUAUACAAUAACAAUUGAUAAUAAUAAAUCAUCAACAGCUGAAGUUAUUGUCGAACCACACGAAGAAAAAGUUCGAUCACCAUCACCAAAACUUGAAUCUCAAGAACCAAUAAAAGCUGGUUUUCGUAAAUUACUUCCUAAUAAAUUAAAUGUUGAUGAAGAUAAUGAUUUUAUUCUUGAAUGUGAAGUUAAUAAUCCUAAACAAAUAACUGAUUGGUAUUUAGAUGAUGAUCUUAUUGAAGAUAAUACUCCUCGUUUUGAAAUUAUUAACAAUGGUCCAAUAAGACAAUUAAAAGUUCAUAAAGCAGAAUUAAAUGAUACUGGAAAAUAUACAUGUAAAGAUCGUCAAAGUGGUGUAACAACAGAUAGUGAUGUUAAUGNCAUUUUCGCGCUUUCUAGUGACAAAUAA